UUUUUCUUUGGGGUGGGGGGAACCGAUUCAACCGGCGUGAGAAGAUGGCUGGGGCUAUCAUCGAGAACAUGAGCACCAAAAAGCUCUGCAUCGUCGGGGGGAUCUUGUUGGUCUUCCAAGUGAUCGCCUUUCUGGUGGGAGGUCUGAUCGCUCCCAGCCCCACGACAGCAGUUCCUUACACGUCGGCCAAGUGCAUCGACAUGAGGAGAAACCACCACAAGACCAAGUGGCUGAUGCCCUGGGGGGACAACCCCUGUGAGAAGCUCAAGGACUUUGAUGAGGCAGUGAGCAGGCAGAUCGAGGCCAACGACAUCGUCUUCUCUGUCCACGUUCCCCUGCCCCACAAGGAGAUGAGCCCCUGGUUCCAGUUCAUGCUUUUCAUCAUGCAGCUGGACAUCGCCUUCAAGAUGGACAACGACCUCAGAGAGAAUGCCGAGAUCACCCUGGAUGUGUCGCUGGCGUACCGUGACAACAUGCUGGAUGAGUGGCAAGAAAUGACACAUGCCAUAGAGAUCAGGAAGCUGAAGUGCACCUUUGGCUCACCAAAAACGCCGGAGUCGGAAGGCCGUCACUACGACUGCGACUUCCUGCCCUUCAUGGAGAUCGGCAGCGUGGCGCACAAGUACUACCUCAUCAACAUCCGCCUGCCCGUCAACGAGAGGAAGGGCAUCAACGUGGGCAUCGGCGAGAUCAAGGACAUCCGCCUGGUGGGCAUCCACCAGAACGGUGGCUUCACCAAGGUGUGGUUUGCCAUGAAGACCUUCCUGACCCCCAGCAUCCUGAUCAUCAUGAUCUGGUACUGGAGACGGAUCACGCUGAUGACACGGCCUCCUGUCCUGCUCGAGAAGGUCAUCUUUGCUCUGGGCAUUUCCAUGACGUUCAUUAACAUCCCUGUGGAGUGGUUUUCCAUUGGGUUUGACUGGACUUGGAUGUUGCUCUUUGGGGACAUUCGACAAGGCAUCUUCUAUGCCAUGCUCCUCUCCUUUUGGAUCAUCUUCUGUGGAGAGCACAUGAUGGACCAGAACGAGCGCAAUCGCCUCUCUGGGUACUGGAAACAGGUUGGACCCAUAGCUGUUGGCUCCUUCUGCCUCUUCAUCUUUGACAUGUGUGAGAGGGGAGUGCAGCUGAAGAAUCCCUUCUACAGCAUCUGGACCACUGAAGUUGGCACAGAGCUGGCUAUGGCCUUUAUCAUAGUUGCAGGCAUCUGCUUGUGCCUCUAUUUCCUCUUCCUGUGCUUUAUGGUCUUCCAAGUGUUCAGGAACAUCAGUGGGAAGCAGUCGAGCCUGCCAGCCAUGAGCAAAGCUCGGCGCCUUCACUACGAGGGGCUGAUUUUUAGGUUCAAGUUCCUGAUGCUCAUCACCCUGGCGUGCGCAGCCAUGACGGUCAUCUUCUUCAUCGUGAGCCAGGUGACAGAAGGGCACUGGAAGUGGGGGGACGUGACGAUCCAGGUGAACAGUGCCUUCUUCACCGGCAUCUACGGCAUGUGGAACCUCUACGUCUUCGCCUUGAUGUUCCUCUAUGCACCCUCCCACAAGAACUAUGGCGAUGACCAGUCCAAUGGUGACCUGGGUGUGAACAGUGGGGAAGAGCUUCAGCUGACCACCACCAUCACCCACGUGGACGGCCCCACGGAGGUUUACAAGCUGGCUCGGAAGGAGGCUCAGGAGUGAGGCUGAGGGGCCCUCAGCUGGCAGCCAGACUGGGGUGGAGAGCAGAGGACAACACAGUGCCCCCCUGCAAGGAGGCCUCUCCGACCUAGCUCGCUCCUGGAGCACCCCAUCCCGUGGUGGGUGACACCGAGCAGUGUCACCUGGCAGAACAUUUGUAACCUCUUUGAUAUGGUGUAGUUAUUCCUGGGGGGUGGGAGGGCUUUGUCUAUUGGGUUACACUCCAGCACCUACAGACCUGCAGGGAGAGCGUUGCGGUUGCAAAGUCGUGCAGUCAGGAAGGGACGAGAGAUGACCUUGGGGGGGCUUUGGUGUGGUUCUGGUGUGCCUGUGCAUAAGGGUGGUGCCUGGGGAGCUCAGAUGAGGAGCACCAUCUUCAGUGGUGAAGGGUUGGGGCUUUUCCCCUCAAGGUGUUGGCUGAGGGGAAGGCUAAAG